GUUCUCUCUCGUUUGCCCCGCCAUCUUCCUGAUAAACAGUCCGCUUUCCCUGCUCUGUGUUCCUAGUUUCGAUCCCUCUUGACUUGAUUCGCUUGAAUACGGUAUGUCUCAGCGAAGACUUUCCAUAUCGUCCGAUUCUGAAUCUACUAUCACCAGGGUCGAAUAUAGCCCGAAGCCCACAUCGAGCAAGAUUCUGAGCCAGUCCAUUCCAUUGCAAUAUCAUCCCGUCUUUUAUAUCGACGAUGGGAAUGUCAUUCUCCGGGCAGACUCGGACGAGACACUUUAUAAGGUCCACCGGUAUUUCUUGACAAGGGAGUCAAGCUUUUUCGAGCAACUAUUGGCGAAUCCGUAUGGGCAGUUGGAGGAGGGCGAAGGUGAAUCAGACGACCGACCUAUCGUUCUUCCAGAGACUACUGUAGUGGAGCUCGACAACCUUCUCCGACUGAUAUACUUCGGCAUGCACGACGACUACCGAGCCUCCCUCCAGGUUUGGAGUGCCGUCCUCUCCAUCUCCGCACGUUUCUCAUUUGAUCGCAUCCGCCAACGAGCCAUCAAAGAACUCUCUGCCCGCCAGUCAACAAUGGACCCCAUCGACCAAAUCGUCCUCUCCUUCAAACAUAACAUCCCCUCUUGGCUCGUACCAGCCUAUAUCGCUGCUGUCCGACGUACACGUCCUCUCACACUCGCUGAAGCGUCGCGUGUUCCGCUUCAUACGGUCAUGCUUCUGACGCGAUCGAGAGAGAUGUAUUGGAACAGGGACAACAUGCCGUGCACGAAUUGCAGUUAUGUGCAUUCCGGGAGGGGAACAAAUGGGGUGGGAGGUUUUGCAAGUCAUGCGGGACCGGGUUCGGCGAGCGGGAAGAGAGUAGAGAGGGCCUGGUGGGGUGGCGAUGAGGGUGUUACGCCACAUAGGUCGGCAGAGGAGAUUGUGGCGGAGCAAAUCAGGAUUAUGGGGAGUGUGAUGAGCUGAGGUGACUAUGAUGGCUGGGACUCGAGGACUAUCCUUCCCGUCCGUUGGUUGGUUGUGGGCCGUCCGGUUGUACGAUAACGUCGCUUUCUUUGCUUUCUUCAUAUCUUCGUCGAGGUUUGCACUCAACGGCGCGCGCUUGAUUCGGCACUGCGUACCGAAGUUGAAGUUGUUCAUAUCGUACUUCGGCUUACGCGUUUUGAUGGUUCCAUCGCAUGACACGACCUUCGCCAAGGAGCGCGAGGGGUUCCUUGACGAUCUCCUCUGCGGAUCGCCUAUGUGCAGACACCCACUUUACAUUCGUCGUCGCUGUCAUCCCAGAGCUCCAACUAUGCCGAUGGUGAACGCGUCGACCUCCAAUGUAGUUACUAACCCAAGUCCAAUUAU